CCGUACAGCAAAACAAACCUCUCUGAUACGAACUGACACUGACUGGGCCGCUGCUCCCCCAGAAUGAACAACGUGUUUCAGGAAGAAGUUGGCGCCUGAAGCACAGUACGCGGCUACCUAAUACGCUAACCGAAAGUAUGAAAGAGAGUAUUUUGUAAUGAUUUUUUCUUUUCAACCUUAUUAAAGGAAUUCAAAAUGAACGACACGGAAUUCAGUGUCCCCCUGUCCUCGCUGGCAAUUUUGGUCCCUCCACUUCGGCUGAUGUCAGCAGUGAUGUGGGAAGUGGUACGCCAGCGGAACAUCAAGCACUACGGGAAGCUGGAGGAGUUCGUAUCCAUGGUAACGGAAGCAGUUCCUGAACUGAUGAGUAAAAGAGAAGGGCGUCUGCUCACACUGGGCCUGAAAGCAAGGACAACUCUGGAGCUGCUGCGCUCCGAACAUCCUGAAGAUCUCAAGGCUGUUGAAAGCCACCUCAACCAAAUCCGAACAUCUUGCAUUGAGGAGACCAAUGAUCCUGUAAUCGAGGCCCCAGAGGCCAACUUCAUGAAGCUGGUGCAGGGCCUCAUUGAAGACACCAAUGGCAGAGAACACUUUCUCAAGAAUGUGUUUCCAGUGGAGUACGGGCCGGACUUCGACACUGCACUGGAGACUCUGGUUUGUGAAUUCUUCACCAGACUGGAGGAGCUGCUGCCAAUACCAGAUUUCAAACAAACGGCGUCCUGGAUCAGCACGGCGCCGUCUGUCCUCGAGGAGUACAUGCAGUGUGUCUCAAACGGAGAUGACCUUAAAUUUCUUCUCCAAAGCAAACAGUGCCACGGGAAACUGGCUAAGUGUACCGCCGCUCCGUUUCAGUCGGAUGAUCUUCUCCUUCCCUCUCUGGCUCUGCCGCCGUCGCUGGAAGUGGCCAUCGCGUCCCACCCGAGUGCUUGUGACGAGGACGAGGACGACGUCAACAACGGCGUUCCUCAGAUAGUCAUGUUCGACGAAGAUCUGUCCACUCACCCGUCCACCUCGACGGACUUUCCCGAAUCGCCAAAGAGGGCCGAGAUCUCGUCGCCCCCCCGCAGGAGGCAGCAGUCGGGGACGCACAAGUGCCCCGAGUGUGACAAAUGCUUCAAGCACCACUCCGUCCUCCUGGAACACCAGCGGGUGCACAGCGGGCUCCAGCCGUACAACUGCUCCGAGUGCGGCAGGGCUUUCAGAACCGCCACUCUGCUGGCCGGCCACCGGCUACGGAAAUGCAAGAACGCCGCCUAUCUGUGCAUCAAAUGCGGGAACAGUUUUCCGACCUCGCUGGACAAAUUCAGGCACCACUGCCCAAAGCGUGGCCGUAACUACAACUGUGGGCACUGUGGGAAAAGUUUUCAAAAGUCCAGCAGCUUAAAAGAACACCUGCUCACUCACGUCCAAAGCCGCCUCUUCAAGUGCAGCCAUUGUGGGCUGGGUUUCUCAGGGAUUGGGGACUUGAAGUAUCACCAGCAGGUCGACCAUGACAAGCCUUAUCAGUGUAAGCGGUGCGGCAAGAGCUUCAUCUCCUCCAAGUGUCUGACCAAACAUAAACAACGACACGAGGAGGUCGGCGACCUGGAGGCGGCGCCGUUAGCGGGCCGAGGCAAACACAGGAAGAGUGGCUCCGCUCAUCGGGCUUCCUCGGCAUCGCUGUCCUCCAGGAAGGCGUCGAUCAAAGCGGCUUACCCGCGAGGGCGGGUCACACAUAACUGCCCACUGUGCGGGAGGAGCUUCAAGUAUCGCUUCGAGUUCCUCGAGCACCAGAGGUUCCACACAGCGGUGAAGCCUUACAAGUGCUCUCAGUGCGGCAAAGCCUUCCGCACGGAGGCCCACCUCUCCCGCCACAGGAAGCGCAAGUGUAAAAAUGCUUCUCACAUUUGCACAAAGUGCGGGUGUCAGUUCAGGUCCCUGCACGAGCGGGUGAGACACCAGUGUGUCCAGCUGCUGACAAAAUACGAGUGUUCCCACUGCGGGAAGACCUUCAAGAUGGCCCACAUGCUGAGGAACCAUCAGAUGAGCGAGCACCAGCUCCCCUACAGCCCCAACCAUCGCUUCCGGUGCCGGUACUGCGAUGAGACUUUCCCCGGCAUCAGCGAGCUCAAGUACCACCAGAGAGUCGACCACGAGAAACCCUACCAGUGUCAGGAGUGCGGCAAGUGUUUCCUGUCCGAGAAGUGCCUGGCCAACCACGAGCUGCGGCACAACGACGACAGGCCGGAGAGCUGCCUGGUGUGCGGCCGCGGCUUCAGGAACCGCUACGACCUGAAGCAGCACACGCGCACGCACACCGGGGAGCGGCCCUACCAGUGCACCCACUGUUCCCAGUGCUUCUCCACCGCGGGGGGACUGCGCAGUCACACCCGGGUGCACACGGGCGAGAAGCCGCACGUGUGCCCGGACUGCGGCAAGGCCUUCUCCCAGAUGGGGGCGAUGCGCACGCACAGGCUCACGCACACCGGGGAGAGGCCGUUCAAGUGCACGGUGUGCGGCAAAGGUUUCACGAUGGCGCACAAGGUGACGGUUCACAUGCGCGUGCACACGGGGGAGCGGCCGUACGUGUGCACUCAGUGCGGGAAGGCCUUCUCAGACGGGAGUGUGCUGAAGCAGCACAUGCUGAACCACUCGGGGGUGAGGCCGUACCACUGCCAGAUCUGCCCCAAGACCUACACCUGUCUGAACCACCUGAGGAGGCACCUGAAGAGCCACUCCAACAUGAACUGAGUGACUGGGGGGGGCGAACUGGAGCAGAACAUUUGACGCGCUGGCGAUGCAACGGACCAAUGAGGCGAGCAAUAUACACGGAGGAAUACGGAACGACGGAAAGUCAAUGUACCUACAUUAGCCAAUCAUAUGAGGACUUUUUAAUCAGUUAAAGUAAUAGUUGACUUUUUGGGAAGUCAUUUGCUCUCUUGCAGGUGAUGAAACGAUAGUGGUGUCGAUCUUCUCCAAAAGAGUGUACUUUAGGAAUUCUCAAACCUUUUCUUCGGCACAAGCUCGCUCUAUGCUCUUUUUCUCUGGCUAUUCCAGGAGCUUUUUUUUUUUUCUGACGUCAGUUUCUUCUGCAUGAAUAUGUUUGGAUAUUAUUCUGGAUAUUUGUGAUGAGAUGCUGUAUGUUCGGAAAUUGAAAUAUUGAUGAAAAUAUCUAUUUUUGGAAGGUCCUUGAUAGUGAUGGAGGUGAAAAUGCUGGCUCCCUGUAAAUAUGUUAUUGAAAAAUAUUGUAAAAUUGCAAACCUAAUAUGAUGGCGCCAUAUUUUUUUUUUCUCCUAUCUGCCUUUUUUUAUAUAAAUAUAUCUAUACAGUACCAGUAAAUUCAAUUCAAGUAUGUCCAAACUUUUGACUGGUUCUGUAUAGAUAUACACAUAUAUAUUUCAUUGUUUGUUUUGCAAAGUUUGUAAAUUUCAAAUUAAAUUAACCUGAGUUCUC